AAACUGCUGCCGUAAAACGGUGAGGGAAGUCUUUUUCGUUAUGAAAGUCAAAGAGAUGAAGGAUUCGUACUUUCUAUUAAAAGUACCAUUUUACAAAAAUGUUUAUCUUUUGCUUCGUCAUUAUAACUAAUAGAAAAAUAAAAUGUCAGACUACAGGGAACGCAGAGAUCGUUAUAGUGACCCUCGUCCACCUCUUCCAUCCAAAAGUAUGAUGGGUGCUCGAAUAUAUAUUGGUAAACUUCCAGGUGAUAUCAGGGAAAGAGAUAUAGAUAAAGCUUUUAGUAAAUUUGGACAUGUGAGAGAAAUAGCUAUGAAAGGAAAUUAUUGCUUCCUACAAUACGAAAAAACAAGAGAAGCUGAAGAUGCAGUUUAUGAAAUGCAUGAUAGAUCUUUUUUUGGUGAAAGGAUACAAGUAGAACAUGCACGACAACCAAAAGAGUUCGGUUUCAGAGCCCCAUCAAGAUUUGGUGGAAGUCGCGGUUAUGGCGGUUACAGCAGAAGUAGUACAUAUAGUAGCAGUCGUGAUUAUUCAAGGCGACGAUCUCCUCCACAAAGAAGCGAUUACAGGCUUUCAGUAACUAAUCUUUCCACAAGAUGUGAUGCUCAGGAUCUCAAAGCUGUGAUGCAAAAAGCAGGCGAUGUUGUAUUUUCAGACGCACAUAGGCGCAGGGUCGGAGAGGGUGUUGUUGAGUUUGCAUCAAGAAAAGAUAUGGAGCGAGCUUUAAAGAAACUUGAUGGUUUGGAAAUUAACGGAAAGCCUAUUAAACUAAAAGUGGAAGAGGCACGCAAUGCUCAUAAGUCACGAUCUCGAUCCCGAUCUGAAUCCGGAUCAAGAUCAAGAUCAAAGUCAGAAUCUGGAUCUCCCAGCAGAAAACGACGGCGUCAUUCAUCGAGAUCCGGUUCAGACGAUGCCUCAGAUCGUGAAGAAAACGAGCGUACAAGUGCCAAAGUUGAUGAGAAAGCUGCUAGCGAUGAUGAAGAAUUCGAAGAAGCAGAACGGAAUGUUAAAAGGAAAAAAGAGCAACGGAAAGAAGCUAAUGGUGAUAAAGGAUCAGGUUCGGAGUCUGAUGGUCCAGAAGAGUUAAGUAAAGAUGAAGCUGAAAAUGAUGACGAUGAAGACACUGAAAUAGUUGAAGAAAUUGUUGAGGAAGAGAUUGAAGUCGAAGAAGAAGUAACUCAAUCCAAUGACGAAGAAGACGAAACUGAAGUAGAAUCAAAAAAACACGAGGAACCUAAAGAAGAUAAUUUAGAUGAACUUACUGAACCUGUACAAAGAAACCGCGAAAGCGGGAGCGAAUCACCCGAAUGCGAAGAAAAUAACGAAUAAGUUUUCGACUUGUUAAGCUUUAGCUGAAGGUUUAUAAUGUUGUAUAUAAUAUUUUAAGCUUGCUAUGUCACGUUCAAGGUUUUACUUUGUUAGAGGACGAAAUACAAAAGGUUUUUCUAUUUUUAA